AUGUCAUUGCUCCAUGAGCAUGGUUUUCCAAACGUACUAUUCCAUCAGCUCGAUGUACAAGACCUUCAAAGCAUAGAAGGUUUGGCCAAUUUCAUACAAACACGAUUUGGGAAACUCGAUAUCUUGGUGAAUAAUGCUGGAGCUUCUGGAGUUGUGGUGGAUGAAGAAGGUCUAAGGGCUCUGAAUAUAGAUCCAGCAUCUUGGCUAUCUGGCAAGGCCACGGACAUGGUUCAAGGGGUGAUUAAAACAACCUAUGAAAAGGCGAAAGAAUGUCUUGACACAAACUAUUAUGGUGUCAAGAAUCUUACACGGGCACUCCUUCCACUCCUACAACGUUCCACUUCCGGGGGUAGAAUCGUAAAUGUCUCUUCCAUACGAGGUGAAUUAUGGAGGAUUCCGGAUGAAGAACUAAGAAAGGAACUCGCAGAUGUAGAGAAUUUGAGUGAAGAGAAGAUCGACGGAUUUGUGGAGAAGUUUUUAGAUGAUUUGAGGAACGAUGAACUUGAAGUCAAAGGAUGGUCAAAGAUGUUACCAGCUUACAGUGUGUCAAAAGCUAUGCUUAAUGCGUACACACGAGUUGUUGCAAAGACACACCUGAAUAUGUGCAUUAAUUGUGUGCAUCCGGGAUAUGUCGACACUGACUUGAACUGGCACACGGGUACAAUGACAUUGGAAGAGGGAGCACAAGGCUCAGUUAUGUUGGCUCUUUUACCCCAAGGUGGUCCCACCGGUUGCUAUUUUGAUCGUACACAAGUUGCUCAAUUUUGACCCUCUUGUUUCUUGUAUCUAUUAAUUUUAUCUUGGUUUUUCCUUUUUCUUUGCUGGACUAGUCUAUGAAAAACCAGACACAUUAUCAAGAAUUUUACUUCAUGUAAUAACCAACCUCACAGGGUUAGUAUCACCAAGUCACCAACUAUUAUGGAUGUUUUGAAAUUGAUCCAAGUUAACCUUUUGUGAGACAAACAAUGUGUGCAUAUAUCUACCAUGCCCUUAUCCUAUAUAUAUGGGAUGAAAUUGAUUUUGAUUAUAUUACAAAUGAAAAAUAAAAAAAUAAAAAUACUUCGAGUUGAU